CAGAGUGUAUGUACUCCAGCGGUGUCCAUGUCAGCCCCGUCAGCGGACUACGGAAGUACACUGAAGACGGAGACACAACACCGGAGAAGGCUAUCUCUGACGGUUCAUGAUCACGGUCCUUUGUUGUUGAAGUGCACGGAGUUGAACGUCAAGAUGUCGAUGUCUACAUUUCAGAAAGUGACCCUUGCAUCAUGUGUUGUGCUUUGCGUCGCUUUGCUGCUCCCUAAAAUGCUUUUGUCAAGGGGGAAGAAGGAUGCUGAGCGACCCGAAGGCCAUUUCCCCCCAAUGACGCCCCGCAAAGGGUCUGCUGACGGGAAGGCCCAGAGACCCACCGGGGCUGCUCAGUUCUCCAGGGCCCACAACACAGAGGCCAUCGCCAGGGCAAAGGGGGCCAGCACCGGGCCCGGGACGGGGGGCAAGUCCAACCUAGCGGGCCAGAUCAUACCCAUCUAUGGCUUCGGGAUCCUGCUCUACAUCCUCUACAUCCUCUUCAAGAUCACAUCAAAGGGAAGCAGCACCCCCACAGAGAGCCGAUUCCCUCCAAUCAAAUCUGAGAACACCAAGAGGAAGAUCACCGACUUUGAGCUGGCCCAGCUGCAGGAGCGGCUGAGAGAGACGGAGCAGGUGAUGGAGAACAUCGUGUCGGAGGUCAACCUUGGUCCACACAGGGUGAAGAGGGUGAGCGCUGACCAGGAGGAGAGCCUCCUGCUUCAGCUGAGAGAGAUCACCAGAGCCAUGCAGGAGGGCCAUCUGGUGGCUCCACAGAAGACAGACCAGCAGCACCACUGUGAAGAUGAUCCAAAGGACUACGGGCAGAGCUGUCCGUACCACCAGGACCAUGCCGGCCACAGCAGCCCACCUUCAGAGCACGAGGCUGAGAGGAGGCAGCCUGUAGAUGACCCCGAGGAGAGCGACAUCUCCAUGGAUGCAGAGGUCAAGGCAGAGGCUGACCACACUGACACACUUAACACAGAGGAUGGGAGACAAGAGCUUCUCCCUGCAGCCGCAGAAGCAACAGCGGAUGUGUUCAAACCGCAGGGCCGAGAAGGUGGGAAGGAUCCGGACGCUCCUCAGGAUCCGGAGGUUCCUCAGGAUCCGGAGGUUCAACAGGAUCCGGAGGUUCCUCAGGAUCCAGACAUUCCUUAUGAUCCAGAGGUUCUUCAGGAUCCGGAGGUUCCUGGACUCGAGUGCCCAGCAGACACGCCCACCGCAGGCUCCGUCCAUGUCAGACGGAGGACCAGAAGAAGGAAAGGCAAGAAGGACUCGCACUGACAAUACCUGUGAUCUAGCGUCUACGACCUCAAUAUUGAAACCUUCUUAAGACUGUGGCAAAGGUGUCAUCUGCAACUAGUGCUUCCAGCUUACAGACAUGGAGUCAACACUUUUAGUGUUGACUCCAUGUUGUCCAGUGCAUCUCUUGUAAGGAUCAGGGCAGCCUAAUUGACUGUUUGUACAUUCCAAAAUGCUGUAACUCAUAAGGUUACCAUAAUGCACUGCUCCUUUUGUAAAUAUUCCUCUACCGUCAAUAUGGAAGUCUACACUGGAAUUGUUUUACUAACCUUUAAAUUAUGUAUUUAUAUUAUUAAUCUGAUCUCUAUUGAUAUAAAAGUUGAUGCCAUCACAAUGGUCGAUCAUCUACAAAAUAGAAAUAAAGUUGGCCUAUCAGUGCACACUACUGUAUAAAGAUAAAUAUUGCCAAGUUAUGUAAAUUAGGAGAUUUGUAUAUACACAACUAUUUUCAUGAUGCUUCAGUCAUGCUGAAAAUAAUAUGCAGAGAUGCUUACCAUUCAAAAUACAACCAGUGGAAGAGGCUGGGACACAGACCAUGAGUAUUCAGGCAGCAAAGACCCACACAACGACCUGUAAAAUACAUUUCACAGGAAACCCAUCACACUUGAUAAGCAAUAUAUUUUGCUCCCAUGCCUACCCUCCAAGGUAUAUAAGCAGCACCGCUUUACGUCCCUUUUAGAGCAAACAAACAAACAUCUGCAAGAAUGGCAUGCCCCUUUAUAGACCAAGAAGGCAGGCAGCUGAGACCGAUUCUGUUGAGAUAAAUACUAAGGUUAGUCAAUUUAGAAAAAAAAAUCUGGCUGCAUUUACUAGGCAUCUCUCUUCAAAGAAAUGGUAUGAAAAGUCUGACACUAUCUCUCUGAUUACAAGACCAUGGUCAAUAUUCAAUAAAAAUGUUACACUUAAUAGGC